AUGGGGACUGUACCAGAUCCUCAGGGGUCUGACAAAAGUUCAGCAGUUGCCACAUCUGCAGAGGACGAGAUUUCUGAGUUUGAAACAACACAAGCUGCCAAACACCAGCUUCAAACAACCUCCGCAAAGAAUGGCAGUGCAAUACCCAUUUCAGACACAUGCCAAUCAGACCUAACAUGCAGGCCCACAUUGAAAACUGUGGAUUAUGAAAAUACAUGUGAACAUGAAAUACAGGAAACCAGCAAAACAUCAUUACCUUUUAGGACUUCUAGUCAAUCAAACAUGAUGCCUCCUUUAGAUGAGCUGCAUUUAACAAGUAGAGAUCCAGAAGCCAUCAAAGACAAUGCUCCAUGUGUUCCCAUCACUAAAAGCAUACCACCGAAUUCUGAAACAGUGUCCUCUAGUGUUAUAAAUUUGACUUUGCCAAGUGAAAAGUCAGUAGUAGAUGAGAGUACCAUGCCAAAAGAGAAAACUAUUUUAGAAGAAGCAAUAUCUAUAAAAGGAGUUCUAGAUUUAGGGACCAGCAACACUGAUAAAAAUGUAAUAGAACGCUCUCCAGACACAAACGCAAAUCUAGACAAGGAAAUAAAUACAUGUUUGCUAAGCCAAGGAGAGGAAUGCAGAUAUAUUGAUGCUGGAACAAAUCAGAAUUCUGGUCAUAAAGUUAGUUGCACUUCAGCACAAGAAGAGCCUAGAACACAGGAUGUGGACCAAGAUAAUAUUUCAAAGCCAGAGGAAUGUUCACAGUUAAGCCUUGUGGAAGGAGAUAUGAACAACAGUGAGGAACAGUUGCCAUUGGAGUCUCAAAUCCUCUGCAAGUUUAAAGAGAUGGGCACAAUGACUUCACAACUUGAAAGCUGGACUAAACAAGAUGCUGAAGUGCAAGCUGUGGCAAAUGUAGUGGAUAAAUCUGUCUCCACUAGUCCAAGCAUCCUAUCUGCAUUUCUGAAGAUUAACUCCCCUAUGUUUAAAGAGAGACAAGAACAGGUCUGCAUUAUUUAUCAAGGUAACCCUGGAAACCCUCAGAUGGAUCGUGCUAACUUUGCGUUGCACCCACAACUUUCCCAAAACCACUUAGCUCCAAAAGUACGCUUUCAGCCUCCUGAUGCAGUGAACCCCCAACCUUCUCAACUACUCAAUAAAAGUCCACCAGACAUGGUGCGUUCUCCCUUUCAGCACACAGAUCUCGGACGAAAUCCACAAGUUUUAUAUAGAAAUGAGCUAGAUAGUCAAGGCCGCCCAAAGCCACAAAUGCCUAUGGCUAGUGCAUCUCCGAUUUUAAUGAAUGUGAAGCCGGUUUACCAAAUCAACAUAGAAAACAGUAACCAGCCAAAAAUGUUUAAUGAUCCAUCACAAUUCAGAACAGCUCAUGACAUGGGCAGCAAGUCAAGGCUCCAUCAUCUAAGUGGAACAGAAAACAUUCAGUUGCACAAUAUUCGUCCACAAAAUGAGCAGACAGAAACACUUAAUGUCCCCACUGAUGCUAAUACUGAAAGAAAACCUUUUCACUUUAAAAUUACUAACGAGCAGGGUUCUACUCAGACAAUAACCACAGACAUUAAAACGCCAAAGAAAGAGGACAAGCCAACUCCUCUCCAUGUUGAAGUUGAGGUAAAUAGCAGCAUUGGGGCUACUGGUGGUCCAGUAGAUGAAAUACUUGAAGUUUUGGUUAGAAAAGAACAGGAUGAAGGUGAACAUACCAAGAGAUCUAGUAGUCUAAGUGUACAAUCUAAGCCUGCAUCAGACUUUAACCAGGGUGCAACGCCUUUGACACCACGAUUAAGAAAACCAAGAGAAGAUAAGAAGGAGCCUAUUCUGAUCACCCUACCUACCUCUGAACAGCCCAAGUUACAUGGUAAAAAGGCAUCUCAAGCAGGUGCUGAAGCAAAAAGCCAGGUUAAGCAACAAAGUAAGAGUGUAAAGGAUGUUGUAUGGGAUGAACAAGGCAUGACGUGGGAGGUUUAUGGAGCCUCGAUGGAUCCAGAGGCAUUGGGGAUUGCAAUACAGAAUCAUUUACAAAGGCAAAUAAGAGAACAUGAGAAAAUGAUUAGGGCUCAGUUAAAGCAAAACAGAAAAUCAAUUUCAUCUGAUUCAGGUAAAAAGCACAAAAGAAGACAACACAGAGUAUUUCAGUCUAUGCUGAAAAACUUCAGACGACCCAACUGCUGUGUUCAUCCUCCAGCAUCUGCUGUAUUAGAAUGA